AUGCGUUCAGUAAAAACAACAAUUUAUCCUCUCAAUUCUUCCACUUCAAUUGAAAAACAAAAAAAUUUUCGACAAGAAGGAAGAGAUGAGGUGUUUGCCGUCCGUUUGGCACAAACUGCAACAGCCUUAUUAGUUAUUGUUUGCUUUUUAGGACUUCCUAUAUUUUGGAUUCAAGUUAUGUACCGGUUUAGUACAAUACAUUUAAUCCAUUUACAAAACCAACAAUUGAAACAACAAAAUUAUUUAAAUGGGGAUUCGUGUAGAAUGAAGAUUACACUAAAAGAGAAUAAUAGAAGUGAGGGUAACAACAUUUUUCAACCCAUAUUUGAAGAAGAAAAUGAAGGGAGAUAUGAAUGCGAUCCGUGGGCGCAUGCUAUACAAUUAUAA